AUGGAGCCACGCCCCGGCAUGCGGCUGCCGUUGGAGUUGCAGGUUGGCACGGAAGGCUUCACGGCCGGCGCCGGGGACAAGGAGCUGCUCGAUCACAGCGCGAUCCAGCGCCUGCGACAACGAUUGUUGUCGGGUAGAAGGCGGCGCAGGGACCGGGACAUGGUCGGCGGGCAGCACGAGCUGGUUGUGGAGGGCAGUGGCAGCGUCGAAGAGUGGCCAGGCGGCGGUGUAGCCAGGGUCCAAGCCACAGCAGCGCGGCAGCGCAGCACUGAGGGAGGCGACGUAGGCAGCAGCGGCGUGUCGGGCAACGUGCCGCAAGCCAAGCCCGCCGGCGGCCGUGGAGAGGGAGGCUUGCAGCCAGGCUUCGGCAGGCAAAGGCCCCGUGCAAAAGCGUUCCAAGCAGGCACGAACAGCUGCAUCAAAAUCAACUGCGGCCUCGCCAAGAAGCUGUGGGGGCGUGACACGCAUGGCAAAAACCAUCCGGCUGAAGGCAGCACAGUGACGCAGCAGCAAGAGCCCUGUUUGCGGGUCAGGGAGCUCACUCAAUGCUUCCAAGAGGGGCUUCGCCUUGUCGACGCGCUUGGCAUGGGUGUAGGCUUCAGUGUAAGCCGCAGGCCCAAUAGGAGCGCCAAGAAGGUUCAUAGCCCCGUGCUGGCUGACCUGCACCCCGUCCGGGAAGGCCCGCUUGUCAACAGCACUGUCCGCGCCGGCGCAGUAGGUAAGGACACACUUGCUAGGGUUGAGCUCCAGGCCAACCUGGCGGCUGGCGGCGGUAAGGCGGGCCAGGCCUGCAGCGACCUGCUUGGACCCGCCAGCAAGGUAACUGUCAUCCAGGAAAGCAAAGGCAAGUUCAGGCUUCUGCCCCGAACCGCCGGCCGCAGCGGCCUGGAGAGCCGGGUGCAAGGCCAGUGCAAACAAGAGAGGGCCGAGUGGGUCGCCUUGUUGGACUCCAGCUUCCGAGGAGAGGGGGGAGUGGUGGAAGAGAAGCCGGGAAUGGUGGUCGUAGCACCACUCGGCCCAUGGCGAGAGACCCGGCAUAUGCAGGCGGACCUGCCGAAGCAUCGCAGCACGAUCAACAGUGUUGAAGGCAUUGCGGAAAUCAACCUGCAGAAAGCACUUAUCGACAUGACCAGUGUUGCGCUGCAUCCACUGCCUGGCAGUGUGGAUGGCAGCCUCCGCACCGAGGGGCACAGCCACACCAACCUGGAGCGGCCAAAGGUGCUGGGCGGCUGGCUCACGCAAUGUGCUGCAGAGACACUUGCCGGCAAGGCGGCGCCAGGUUUCGCCGACAGCGAUGGGCCGAAGGUCACCGGCCCCUUUGGGAAGAGCGUGAAGGGUGGCUCCUGCAAGGUGGGGAGCGAGUGCAAGGGGGGCCUCUCCCCGUACGAGGAGACGGACCACUUCGGUGAGGUGUGCCGCAACCUCGUCGGAGUGGACCGAGGACAAGGCCUCUCGGAUGUGAUCCCCUCGAAGACCAGUCGGGCCAGGGGCGCUGCCGCGCUUGAAGCCCCGGGCUCGCGGGUGUUUGUCCCGGAGCGCAGCAGUGACCUCGGCCGAAUUUGCGAGCGGCGGGGGAUCCAAGAGAGCCGCGCAGGCACGGGAAAGGUCGCCCUCACCUGCAAGAGCAACACAACGAGCAUGUCUGCGGGCAAGGGCCGAAGCCGCAUCCUCCUCGUCAAGGGAUUCCCUGCGCCGCCGAGCAGGGGCAGCGUGCCAAAGCUCCUCACGUUCUCCUUCCAACCACCUGGAACAGCAACGCUGGGUGAAGCGGGCUGCCUGGUCACGGCGCCGAGCGCCUCCUCGUGGGGCAGGCUGGAGGACGGCCUUUGGGAGCAUGAGGAGUUCGCGCCAAGCGAGGAGGGAGUUGGUGGUAGCGACAUUGCUCAGAGCCCGGGCCAAACACUGGGCCCACACGCCCCGGGCGGCUUUGGGCACAUGGCGCAGGACAGGGAUGUCAGCAGAGAAAAUGGUGGCAAGGUCAGGCAAGGUAUCACGGCCAUUGGCAGGGGCAAGGGGUGCAGCCGGCGGCGGCAGCACAGCCUCCCGAGCAGCCGGCCGGCAACGGCAAUGAGUGCCAUUGUAGCGUGCCGCAACAAGCAUCCCGCAAACGGAGCAAUGGUCCAAGCCAUGUGUGCGGCAAUAACCACUGGGCACAGCGCCAGCCAGGGUCCCUGCAGCAUGAGCAUCCAGGUGAGGGCGCAUGGAGGCAUGCGACUUCCAGCCGAUGGGUGCUCACUAUCGGAAAAUGAGGCAGGCGCGGUGCGUCGGUCAAAAGCCUAA